AUGCUUAUGAAUAAACGCUGUGCCUUUGCUGAUGAGAAUGGCCACUUCACUCUGGACCUAACUGCACAUAUUGUAGAUAUGAGCACAGCUGGAGUUCGACAAGGUUUUCUAAAGAAGUAUGGAGGCUUUAUGUUUAAGCAGUGGAAGGAGAAGUAUGUGGUUUUGACUGUGGAAGGCAAGCUGUUGGUUUGCAAAGAUGCCAAUUCUCCACCAGAUCAGGAGGUGGUGUUACAGAGUACCUGUCAGUCUGUUGUGGAAGGCAGAGAGAUUUUGGACCUGCCACGUUUGCCCCCCGGAGGGCGCAGAGACUGCUGUUUUGCUCUUAUUCUGUCCCACGACAAGUUCUUAUUGUUGCUUUCUGAUAACCCUGAAGACUGCAGUCAGUGGCUGAAAUUAAUGAAGAAGGUUAAAGAGGGCUUUUCCUCUUCACUUUUGCUGAAGCGACAGCAAAGUAUCGCCCCCUGUAUCACAGACAGAGGUUCUCAGCCAGACACCCCUAAUGAUAAAGACCCCCAUUCCCCCAGCUUUAGUGACAAAACCAUAAAUUCUCCACGUACGCAAUCCAGAGAGAGCUCCUUCAAAAGCAAAGGGAGCAUACGUCAACGCCAAAACCACAGCCCCAAGUCCCUGCCCCAUCACUCCAAUGACUGCCUGCGCCAUGGUAAUAGCAGUGAUGCACGUGCUGUCAGGGCAGUUUGUUUACUGAUGGGCGGGGCUGCUGCCUCAUCUGCUUUGGGUUACCUAAGCUCCAGUUCAGGCUCCUCAAAUGUCGCUGCUCAAGCACCAGAGAUUACCCACUCAGUGGGUUUUUCAGAGCUUGGAGGAGGAACUUCCUACCAUCAUGCCUGCGCAGAGGCCGUCGACUCGCCACAUUUCAACAGCUUCGACUUUGAGGGUGACUCAGACUUCGAUGCUUUCGACUGUGGAGUGUUCACCUUCUGAAAGCCUACCUCUAUAUACCCCUGUGCAUCUUUUUU